CGCAAAACCAGGAAGUAAACGUGGCACGCAAGCUCUGCCUUUCCGGUUAAUGACUUCCGGCCAGUGAGGUGAAGAAGAGCCUGGGAGAUAAGAACAGCUUCAGGACUGGACAUUAUUCAUCUCUACAUGAAUUUUAGUCAAAUUUAUUAACAAUGGACAAAGACAGAAACCAAAUGACUGAGAAAAUACUGAAACUCACCCUGGAGAUCAUCUAUUUGCUAACCGGAGAGGACUAUGCCCCUGUUAGCAAUUCUAAUCUACACGUCACAAGAAGCAUUUCUCAUAAGUUUGGGAGAUCAUGCGGCAGUCUCUCUGUGGAUCAUUCCUCAUCAGAGCUACAUGAUGAAAAGAAUGAUGAGAAGAUCCUAGAUCUCACCAACAAGAUUAUUCAUCUGCUGACUGGAGAGGUUCCUGUAAGGUAUGAGGACAUCAUGGUCUGUUUUACAAUGGAAGAAUGGGAGUAUGUAGAAAAACACAAGGAUCUCUAUAACUAUGUCUUGAUGGAGGAUCGAAACCUUAACACUAAUAAAGUUUUAAGUAGGGAAGAAACGGAAGUAGAAGAUGAACAAGGUUUGCCUUCUCCACCCUGUUCAAAUAAAGAUUCAAAUGACAUCCAAGCUAAAGCAGGCAGGAAAGGUUCUAAAUGGAGAAAACCCUGGAAAAGACGGACCAAGUACCUAAGCAAACAUAAGGACAAACUUUCUGCCUUUAAGAACAUGCCUAGAGAAGACAAGCUGCCAGAAAAUAGUGGACCUUUUACAAAUGAAGGUAACUUUACUAGUGAUGCCACCUUUUCAGGGACAAACAUGCACAGUCCUUGCUUGUCAAGUGAGAUAAGACCUGUCAAUAAGAAUUAUACAUCCAGUGAUGAAACACAGGGAAAAUAUACUGAACAACAGUUACCUUCUUCUGGAGAAAACGACACAGGACAUGAGGAAGAUGUCAAGUGUGGUCAUCCGGAGUCCUCUUCCAUGAGGGAACACCCAAUAGAUACUUUUACAGCUACAUCUUAUACACAGGCACAAUAUGUGUUCACCAAUAUAAAGGAAGAAGCUGUACCCACAGAAGUGGACAGUUAUGGACCCAUCCAAUAUCCAUCUACUGAUGAUCAGGAGGAGUCAUGGCAAAAAACAAAUGACACAGGCGCUAAUAUUUACGGAGUAGGCCAUACACAAUUCACUCUAGCUAAUGUUAAAAAGGAAUAUGUACUUUGCGAAGAAAACAGUCAAAAUUCUUCUAUUCACACACAACCUGAUCAUAUACAGACACAAUCUAUACCUCAACAAGUUAAGGUGGAACCCAUCUCUCAUGAAGAGGGCUACGAACUAUACAUUCCCACUGACUUUACUCAAAGACUUCAUACAUCAGCUCCUGGGCAAGCAGUGAACAGAGUUAGAGAUGCUGCAAAAACAAACAAGAGAUAUUCUGUAACAAAAUACAAAGAUUGGAAUAAAACACCAGAAAAUGCUUCACGUAUGAACUACCAAACGACACAAUUUGUAGAUGGGAUGUAUGUCUGCUCUACAUGCGGGAAAAGCUUCACCUCCCACUUUGGCCUUGUCAAACACCAGGCAAUGCACAAUGGGAAUAAGGUGUCCUGCCCACAGUGCGGGAAGUUAUUUUUCUACAAGUCGAGCCUGGUCAUACAUCAGAGGAUCCAUACAGGGGAAAAACUUUUCUCUUGCCCUGUAUGUAACAAAUGCUUUACCAACAACUCCAAUCUCAUCGUACAUCAAAGAAUUCACACGGGAGAGAAACCAUUUGUUUGCUCUGAAUGUGGUAAACGUUUUGGACACAAAGGCCACCUGAACCGGCACCUCAGAACUCAUGAGAUAGAGAAACCGGCAGCCAACAUUGAGAACUAUGUCAGCAGCUUACAAGACAAUUGGGAUUCCCAUAAAAUGAACGGCUGGUCUCACAACAUUUAUAACACCUCCCCUUAUUCUACAUAUGACAAAAGUGUUUAGUGGACGGCCUAUUUCACAUACUAAUACAUUUAUUUGUACAAUCUUUGCCCAUUAAAGUUCCCCUUUAAUUAAAAGGAAAUGUGUAAAAAG